GUCGCCCUCUAUCUGUAAAUUAUUUUCUUUUGCUUGUGUGGUGGUGGGGUGAUGGACACUGGCAUUUGAGGGAUAAUUUUAGAAAAUUUUCUUAAAAUGGUAUCCCCCCAAGCAAUGAUCGGUAUAUGUGCAGGCGUCUCAGCAACCCUAUUUAUCGGAUAUUGUUUUUACUUUGAUAAACAGAGGCACAACGACCCAGAAUUCAAGAAAAAAUUGAGGCAAAGGAGACGUGCUCGUAGAGAUGCAGCUGCAUCAUCUGGAAAAAGGUCUAGUACAGUGUUUCCUAACAUUAAAGAUCAUGAAGCAGUACAAAGAUUUUUCUUGCAAGAAAUCCAACUAGGAGAAGAGUUAUUAGCUGCUGGCGACCUUGAGAAUGGAGUAGACCAUUUGGGUAAUGCAGUUACUGUUUGUGGACAACCAAAUGAUUUACUGCAAGUCUUACAACAAACACUACAACCCAAUGUGUUCCAUUUACUUAUCGAAAGACUGCCUGCUGUGGCACCUCGUCUCAUGAAAGCACAAAGUGGUCAAAGCGCUUCAUUGCAAGAAGAUGAUGUUGAGUGAUUGUAGAUACCUUUUUGCUCUUUCACUAGUCUCAUUUUGUUAGAACUGUUAUAGAUUCCUGUCAUCCUUCAUUGUUGCUGUAUCAAAGUAAUAAAUUAGUUUUACUUGAGCAAUAUCUCAUAUUUUGUAUGUUGUAUGUUUUUGCGGUUACUUGAAAGAAUGUGAAAUACAAAGUGGAUAAUUUAUUGUCAGUUAUGAAGAUAUGUAUUUAGAUGGAAAAUAUAGUAAAAUAUAUUUCUGA